AUGCAGGUUUUGUUGAGAGACAGAAAGAAAAAGGCCACUGUAAAUGGUUAUCAUAUCAUACCAUAUCAUAUCAUACCAUAUAUACCACACCACACCGCACCACACCACGCCAAACAACACCACACAGCAUCACACCACACCACACAACACCACAUCACAUCACACCACACCACACCACACCACAUCACAUCACAUCACACCACACUACAUCACACCACACCACACCACACCACACCACAUCACACCACACUACAUCACACCACACCACACCACACCACAUCAGAUCAGAUCACAUCACAUCACAUCACAUCACACCACACCACACCACACCACACCACACUUCACUCACCACACCACAUGACACCACACCACACCACACCACACUACAUCACACCAAACCACACUACAUCACACCACACUACAUCACACCACACCACAUCACUCCACACCACAUCACUCCACACCACACCACACCACACUACAUCACACACCACCACCACCAACUCCACCCAUCACACACAACACCACACUACAUCACACCACACACAUCACACCACCACACACAUCAUCCACCACACACAUCGCACCACACACACACAACACACUCACACACAUCACACCACACCACCACACCACACACCACCCACACCACGCACCACAUUCAUCGCACCACACAACAUCACAACACACCACUUCACACGACAUCACACCACACCAACGCACCACACAACACCCACACACACCCACCCACCCACCGCACCGCACCGCACCCGCACGCACGCCGCCCCAUCGCAUCGCAUCGCACCACACCACACCACAUCAUAUCACAUCAUAUCACCUCGCAUCAUAUCACACCACAUCACAUCAGAUCACAUCACAUCAUAUCACAUCACAUCGCAUCACAUCACAUCGCAUCAUAUCACAUCACAUAAUAUCACAUCACAUCACAUCACAUCAUAUCAUAUCAUAUCAUAUCAUAUCAUGUCAUAUCAUAUCACAUCACAUCACAUUACAUCACAUCCAUCAUAUCACAUCAUAUCACAUCACAUCACAUCACAUCAUAUCAUAUCAGGGUAG